AUGUCACUACAAAAGCCCCUGUCAUCACAACUGCAGCCCACACUACGACAGCCGCUGCCACCACAACUGCUAUGCUACCACAACUCCAUCAGCCACUACAACAGCAGCCGCUGCCACCAAAACUGCUGCCACCACAAGUGUAGCCGCUGCCAAAACAGCAUCUGCCACCACAACUGCAGCCGAUACCACAACAGUCCCAGCCAACACAAUUGCAUCUGCCACUACAACAGUAGCUCCUGCUUCCACAGAUGCUGCCACCACAACUUCAGCCGAUACCACAACCGUCCCAGCCACCAUAACUGCAUUUACCACUUCGACAACUCCCGCUGCCACCUCAACUUCCAAAACCACAACUGCAUUUUUGACCACUACAAUAAUAGCCACUCCCACCACAACUGCAGCCCACACUACGACAGGCGCUGUCACAACAACUGUAGCAGCCACUAUGAAAGCCCCCAAAACCACAACUGUAGCUUCUACUACGAUAGCCCAUGCCACCACAAUUGCAGUCGCUACUAUGACAGCCCCUGCCACUACAAAUGCAGCUGCUUCCACAUCUGCAACCGCCAUUAUGACAGCCCCUCUCACCUCAACUAUAGCCACAACUACAUCAGCCCCUCUGCUUAUACGACAGCUACUGAAACCACAACUGCUGCUUCUACCACAAGAACAGCUGCCGCAACCAGAACUGCGGCUGCCAAUACGACAGCAGCCACUGCAGCUGCAACUACUACAGCUGCUAUCACCAGAACUGAAGCCACCACUACUACACACCCUGCCACAACAACUGCAACCACCACUACGACAGCUCCUGCCACCAAAAGUGCAUCCACUAUCACAACUUUAGCCACAACUACAACAGCCCCCACCACUACAACAGCCACUGCCAAUACAACUGCAGCCACCACUACGAUAACAGCCACAGUCACCACAACUAGAGUCAUCACUACGCCGGCCCGCUGCAACCAGAACUGCAGCUGCCUCCACAACAGCCCUUGCCACCAGAACUGCAGCCGCUCCAAUGAAAUCUGCUUCAAGCAGAACUGCAGAUGCUACCACAACAGCAGGUUCAACAACCACAACUGCAGAUGCCACUACAUCUGCAACUACUACUGUAACUGCAACUACAACAGCCCCCACUACCACAACUGCUGCCACCAAAACUGCAGCCGCAAGUACGACAGUCCCUGCCACCAAAACUGCAGCUGCUACUCCUACAGCCCCUGCCACCACAACUGCAGCCACAACUCCUAUGGCUCCAGCCACCACAACUGCAGCCGCCACCACAUCUCCAUCUGCCACCACAACUCAGGCCGCAACCACAACUGUGGCCGCUACUCCUACAGCCCCCGCCACCACAAUUGCAGCCGCUACGACAACUGCUGCCACCAGAACUGCAGCCGCAACUAUGACAGUCCCCACCACCCCAAUUGCAUCAGCCACCACAACUGCAGCAGCCACCACAACUGCAGCAGCCACAACUGUAGCUGCAACCCCAACUGUAGCCGCCACUAUGACAGCCCUCGCCAAAACAACUGCAGCCGCCGCCACAACUGUAGCCGCAACCACAACUGUGGCCGCUACUCCUACAGCCCCCACCACCACAAUUGCAGCCGCUACCACAACUGCUGCCACCAGAACUGCAGCCGCAACUAUGACAGUCCCCACCACCACAAUAGCAUCCGCCACCACAACUGCAGCAGCCACCACAACUGCAGCAGCCACAACUGUAGCUGCAACCCCAACUGUAGCCGCCACUAUGACAGCCCCCGCCAAAACAACUGCAGCCGCCGCCACAACUCCCCCAACUACAACAGUCCCUGCCACCACAAUUGCAGCCGCUACCACAACUGCUGCCACCAGAACUGCAGCCGCAACUAUGACAGUCCCCACCACCACAAUAGCAUCCGCCACCACAAAUGCAGCAGCCACCACAACUGCAGCAGCCACAACUGUAGCCGCAACCCCAACUGUAGCCGCCACUAUGACAGCCCCCGCCAAAACAACUGCAGCCGCCACAACUGUAGCCGCCACCACAACUGUAGCCGCUACUCCUACAGCCCCUGCCACCACAACUGCAGCCGCUACUCCUACAGCCCCUGCCACCACAACUGCAGCCGCCACAACUGUAGCCGCCACCACAACUGUAGCCGCUACUCCUACAGCCCCUGCCACCACAACUGUAGCCGCUACUCCUACAGCCCCUGCCACCACAACUGCAGCCGCCAUCACAACUGCUGCCAUCAGAACUGCAGCCACAACUACAACAGUCCCUGCCACCACAACUGCUGCCUCCACCACAACUGCAUCAGCUACCACAACUGUAGCCGCCACCACAACUGCAGCCGCAACCAUAAUUGUAGCUGCCACUAUGACAGCCCCCGCCACAACAACUACAGCCUCCACCACAACUGCAUCUGCCACCACAACUGCAGCUGCAACCACAACUGUAGCCGCCACCACAACUGUAGCCGCCACCACAACUGUAGCCGCCACCACAACUGUAGCCGCCACCACAACUGUAGCCGCCACCACAACUGUAGCCGCCACCACAACUGUAACCGCCACCACAACUGCAGCCGCAACCACAACUGUAGCCGCCACCACAACUGUAGCCGCCACCACAACUGUAGCCGCCACCACAACUCCGCCACCACAACUGCAGCCGCCACCACAACUGUAGCCGCCACCACAACUGUAGCCGCCACCACAACUGCAGCCGCCACCACAACUGCACCAGCUGUCACAUCGGUAGCCGCCACUAUGACAGACAACAACAGCAUCUGCUACCAUAACUUUAGUCUUUGGCACCACAACUUUAGCCACCAUUACAACAGCCCCUGCCACCAGAACUGCAUUUGCCAUUGCGACAGCCGCUCCCACCACAACUGA